AGACCGAGCAUCAACAAUCUUAAGCACGGUAGAUUCAGCAAUCUCGCCUUUUUUAACACCGAGCCAGUCAAAAUGCCUACUCUAUUCUGUCCCAACUGUGCCACCCUCCUGAUCCUCGCCCGCAUGGAAACGGGCGGCAACCGACUCGAGUGCCGCACCUGCCCGUACGAGCACGCCAUCUCGGUGCCGCUCUACUCGCGCAAGAACUUUAUGCGCAAGGAGAAGGAGGACGUCUUUGGCGGGCCGGGCGCCUGGGAUAAUGCGCAAAAGGGCCGCGUGCAGUGCCCGGCCAGCAACUGUGACGGCGACGAGGCCGCUUUUUUCCAAGUGCAGAUUCGGAGUGCUGACGAGCCCAUGACUACUUUCUACAAGGUGAGCCCGAGGGUCUUUUAGCUGGAGGGAGAGUGAUGGUUGACCUGGAGACAGUGCAUGACCUGUGGGAAUCGGUGGAGAGAAAACUGAUCGGCUGGCGCGCUCAAUCGGCUUGUGGCCAGGACGCGGGUAGGCUGGGCUGAGUUGGCUGAAGGGAUAUCAAAACAAGCAU